AAAAGAAAAGAAGAAAAAAAAAAAUGAAAUCCUCGUACAAAAUGGAUGGAGCAAGUAAAAAACUAUCAACUACUCUUCCAACUUCGUACUAUCACCUAAUCCCCUCCCCCAUGAUCCAGACUCUAAUACAUCAAUUUCUCACCUAUAAAUUUCAUCAUAAAACUUUGCAACAUUAACCUUUCCAAUAUCAUUCAAUUAUUAUCAUCUCAAAUCCAAGAACCAAAAAAUUUAAAAUAUCAAUAUAUCUAUAUAUAUAUGGAUUCCUCAAAGAGCGUCCGGGGAGAAACAUCCAUCAAAAUUCCGGAAUCAAACUCCGGCAAGCACAAAAGCAUCGGUGCCGCAAAGGUGGGGGCUUCGGUGGGAGGCGGUGGGUGGCAGAGAGGGGUCUCCAUAUUCGACUUUAUUUUGAGAGUCUGCGCACUUGCCGCUGCCUUAGGGGCCACAGCUGCCAUGGGAACCACCAAUCAGAGGCUUCCUUUCUUCACUCAGUUCUCCCAAUUCCAAGCUAGCUACAACGACCUCCCGGCUUUUACGUUCUUUGUCGUGGCAAAUGCCAUUACUAGUGGCUACUUAGUCCUAUCCUUGCCUUUCUCCAUUGUUGCAAUUGUCCGUCCACAUGCAGCUGCUCUUAAGCUUCUCCUACUCAUCUUCGACACUUUGAUGGUGGCCUUCACCACUGCUGGUGCAGCGGCAGCUGCAGCCAUAGUCUAUUUGGCGCACAACGGGAAUUCAAACACCAACUGGCUUGCAAUUUGCCAGCAAUUUAACAAUUUCUGCCAGCGAGUCAGUGGUGCUGUGGUGGCAUCAUUCAUUGCUGCGCUUAUCCUAAUUUUCUUGGUUGUGCUGUCGGCCACUGCUCUGCGGAGCCACUGAUCGGGAUCAUGUGUUUCUUUCUUUUUUUUUUUCUUUUUUUUUUUAUGUUACGGUCUUAUUUGUAAAAUCUUUUUAUGUAUGUUUUACUGUGGGCGUAAUGUAUGAAAACUUGUACAGCAUUGUGUACAAUGAGUGUUUUAUGUUUAUGUACACAUGUUAUUUGCAGUUCAUAAAUGUGUUGGUAAUUCCAUGUUGUAAUGAUUUUGACUUGUGUGUUUUCAAAAUUUGUGUUUCGAUCAGGUACAAUGAGAAACUAUAUAUCGAAAUGAUGUUUCAGUUCUU